UCGUUAGCAGCAAUGGCUGCGCACUGAUCGGCAAUCAACAAGUGCGGCCGGUGCAGCCGACAAACCUUUCACGAUUUGAUACCACACCGUUAUGAGCCGCACAUUUAGUUUACAGUAACGCAAGGUAACAAAUUGAUAGGUCUGUGAUAGGAGAAAUAGUCGUAAGCUUGUUUCGAAUCGUGUCACAAAAAAAAUUCGAGCUCCGUUGAUCUCCGUGCGUAGCUGGUCGCACAUUCUAGAAGAACAAGUAGAAACCGCAUUAUCGUGUGCUUACAGUUUAUACCCAGGCCAUGCCGAAGAAGAAAACUGGUCAAAGGAAGAAGGCAGAGAAGCAAAAGCUUCGCCAGAAAGCCAUUCGCGGAAAUGCGGCCAGGGUUAACCUUGGUGACCAUCCGUGCAACGCCGUCAUGGAGUGUGACAAGUGCUCCAGGAAGCAAAAGAACCGGGCCUUUUGCUACUUUUGCUCCGCUGUCCAACGACUUCCAGUAUGCGCAAAGUGCGGAAAAAUGAAAUGCAUGAUGAAGACCGGCGACUGUGUUGUGAAGCAUUCAGGCCAAUACACAACUGGACUUGGCAUGGUUGGUGCUAUAUGUGACUUCUGUGAAGCAUGGGUGUGCCAUGGCAGGCAGUGCCUGACCACGCAUGCCUGUACUUGUCCACUCCAAGACGCCACGUGCAUAGAAUGUGAGCGCUAUGUGUGGGAGCACGGAGGCCGCAUUUUCAAGUGCUCAUUCUGCGAUAGCUUUCUUUGUGAGGAUGACCAGUUCGAGCACCAAGCCAGUUGCCAGAUCUUGGAAGCCGAGACACUCAAAUGUGUCUCCUGCAAUCGUCUUGGUCACCAUUCUUGUUUACGUUGCAAGGCUUGCUACUGUGAUGACCACGUCAGGCGCAAGGGAUUUAAGUAUGAGCGAAACCAGCCUAUGCCUUGCCCGAAAUGUGGCUUUGAGACACAGCAGACAAAGGACCUCAGCAUGUCAACUCGCCAUCAUAACUACGGAAGGCAGCAGAUUCGUGAUGAUGACGACGACGAUUAUGGUUCCAGCAGUGGCUAUGGAGGGAUGGGCUAUAGCUAUUAUGGUUCAGGUGGUGGAGCAGGUGAUGUGGAUGAAAAUGAUGAGGACGAGGAUGAAGAUGACGAUGAUGAUGAAGAUGAUGAUGAUGAGGAUGACUCUGAUGAAGAGAGUGAAGAAGAAGAUGAAAAAGAGGGUGAAAAGAAAGACACCACAGAGUCUAAGGAAUAAAAUUUUUCUUGCACAAUGCAA